UGAAUCUCGGGAGCAAAAGAGGAAGAGGGGGUCCUCUGCAAGGGAGGAGGAGAGAGAUCUAUACAAGAGAUCCUCAGUUGGGUUUUGGGCUGGAUUGAAAAUGGAGGACCAAGGCUCAGAGGAAGGCCAGCGACCUCUUCGAACAGCUCCUCAUGUCCUCCAGGCUGUGAUUAUUGGGGACAACUUGCAGAGAAUACCAGUCGCACAGAUCAAACAAGAACCGGUGGAAGGGCAACUUCAGCAAUGGGAGACGCAGUGGCAGACGUUCCUGAAGACUGUGGAGGCUCCGCAGACAGGUUGGAUGGCUGUGCAGUUGCCAGAGGAGCCCCCGCCGUGGGAUGACACUCAGGCCUUCCUAACCUCCUUCGAACAAGUGGCCGAAGCGUGUCGAUGGCCCAAGGAAGUGUGGGCGACCCGACUUCUGCCAGCCCUCCAAGGAGAGGCUGAGCGGGCCUACAGCCGGAUGGAGGUGAGGGACAGAGAGGAUUAUGGGAAAGUGAAGGUAGCCAUCUUGCAAGGAGAUGUCCUGCGGAGGGAGAAGAACCGACAGCAUUUUCGGUGUUUCUGCUACCGGGAGGACGAGGGACCGAGAGGGGCUUACAGCCAGCUCCAGGAACUUUGCCACCGGUGGCUGAAGGUUGAGAAGCACACCAAGGAGCAGAUCCUGGAAGACCUGAUCCUGGAGCAGCUCUUGACCAUCUUGCCCCCAGAGGUCCAGAGCUGGGUGAGGGAACGCGGGCCAGGGAGCUGUUCUGAGGCGGUGGCCCUGGCGGAGGAUUUCCUACGGAGGCAGCAAGAGGCCAAUAAGUGGGAGCAGCAGAUAUUGACGAAGUUUGUGGAGCCAGCCGUGAGAUCUGUGAAGGCAAAAGCAGCUCCAUCUGACAGAGGGGAGACACAGCUGAGGAAGGAGACUAAGGCCAGGCAUAAACCGGAUGCCAGUCUGAUGGAUUGCAUGCCAGCAAACAACUGUGAGGAGAAGACUGUAGAGCAUCCCAAGCUGAAUGAGAGUAGAGAGGAAGUUCUGCAAUAUUCUGAGCUGAGUGUGGGUCGAGAAAAGAGUUUGGUCUGUUCCAAGAUGGCGAAGCCAGACGUGGCACCUCAAAUUAGAACGCCAAAAAAUGUUACCCAAAUCAGUGAAGAAGGCAAGAUCUCUUGGGAUCCUCACAGUUCAAAGAGGCAGCAAAGGAACCAUUCAAAGAACGAUACAAAAGAUUCCAUUCCUGGUGUAGAAAACAAGACUUUUGGUGAACGUCUCUUAGAAAACGCUAGACAUCCAGAAAGCCUCCGAGAGUACUCAGGACUUUUUGAAUGUGAAGCAGCCAAUAAUCGGGGGGAAACACUCCAACAUGCCAAGUGCAGCAAAAACGUCAGUCUCUACAGAGAUCCGCUUAUAAACCAGCAGCAAAACAUGCACGCUUCGGAAAAACCACAUAAAUGUUCUUACGUCGGGAAAGCCACCUGUCAGAUUUUCCACGAGGGAACGCAUGCCGAGAAGACGCCCUUCCAGUGCUCGACCUGCGGAAAGUGCUUCAGUCGGAACUCGCUUCUCUUGAAGCACGAAAGGACUCACAGGGGAGAAAAAGCCUAUACUUGUCCAACGUGCGGGAAGAGCUUCGUCUAUAGUUGGAACCUGAUUAAGCACAAAAAGAAGCACACAGGUGAAAAACCGCACCAGUGUUCCGCCUGCGGGAAAACAUUCUUUGAGCGGUCGGACCUCCUCAGACAUGAAAGGACUCACACAGGGGAGAAACCCUACCGAUGCACUCAUUGUUGGAGACAUUUUAGCCAGAAGUGGCUCCUUAUUAAACAUGAGAGAACCCACACCGGGUAGAGGCACGAGAAGUGUUCCCUGUGUGGAAAGUUCAGACCUAAGCUUUCUUUAUUUUUUCAACAAGAGAUGAAAAAAUGUUCAGGAGAGAAUUCAUUUCUGUAUGUGUAGAAAUGGGGAACCUUUCUUUUUCUGGUGGAGGGUCAUAUAUCUCAAGGGUAACUUGAUUGGGACUGCUUGCUGGCAGCAGUUAGGACUGAAGCCAGUGGUAUAGGGAGCCAAAAGAAGCAUAGACACCCCUUUUCUCUCUCUGUCUUUCUCCUGCCCCCUUUUCUUUUUGACUUGACCUUUGUUCUCUGGAUCUAUCUGCCACUCCCUUCUUUCUUUUUUCUUGAUCUCUCUCCUACUAACUUCUUCGGCUACCUCUCCUUCUUUCUCGCUUUCUCCUUCUCCCUCCAUCUGUAGCACCUUUUUCUCUCUCUGUUUCUGCCCCCCAUCUAGUUCUCUUUUCUUUGCCACCCCUUCUGUCUGUCUCUGACUGCAAACACUUUCCUUUCUAUUUCUGCCUUUCCAACUCUUUUUGCUAUCCUUUUUUCUUCUUAUCUUUUUCUACCACACCUUCAAUCUCUCGCUUUUUUCGGCCAAUCCUUUCCCCCUCUGCUUUUCUUCUGCUACUUUUCAUCGAACACUUUGAUUUUUAUUCUUGUGUUCCCUUGCUGUCUUCUCUGCACCACUUUCUUUUUCUGCCACCUUGUCUUUCUCUCACUCUUUCUGCCAUACCCUUUCUCCUUAUUUUUGUUUCCUCCUCCUUUUUCUGUUCCCCUUCUUUUUCUUCCUCUUUGCUACCCUCUUUUUCUCAUUUUUCUUCCACCCCAUCUUUCUUUCACCCUUCUGCCAUACUGCCAUCCUUCUGCUCCUUUCUCUCUUUCUGCUCUUCUUUUCUUAACCCCUUCUUUUUCUUUCUGCCACCUUCUCUCUUGGUAUCGACUUGAUUUUCUCACUCUUUUUCUGCCACCCUCAUACUCUUUUUGCCAUUAUCUUCUCUCACAUACUCCUCUUCCUUCUCUUUGUUUGCUGUCUGUUUUUUUUCUUUUUUCUGCCACCCUCUCUUGGUAUUGCCUUUAUUUUCUCGCUCCUUCUGGCAUCCCUUUUCUCCUUUCUCUCUUUCUACUGUCAUAAUUUGCACCCCUUCUCUGUCUUUUUGCCUCCUCCUUUCCCUCUUUUUCUUCCAGCCUUGCUUUCAUUCACUUUUUUCUGCCACAUUCUUUUCUGCCAUCCCCUUCCUUGUCUCUCUCUGUAAUCCAUUCCCCUUUUCUCUCUCUCUCUCUCCGUCUUUCUACUUGCCAGCGGAUUGCUAAGGGCAGGACAGGUCAGUCUUGCCAGAAGUCCAAACUGGUCAUGUGCAUAUGGCUUUGGAAACUAUUAAGCCAUGCACUUCCCCACAAGGAGUUUCUCGUCAAAUUGUCAGUGGAUCCUUAGCCAAGAAAAGCCACAAGCAUCUUGUACUGUAACUCAGGGGAAAUAUUUUUCUUUGGUCUGAAUACUGGUCUUUAAAUGCAUUUCACUGGUAAAUGUGAUGAGGGAAUGGUUGGGUUUGAGACUGGGGUGACCCAACCAGAAAUGGUCACUACUUGGUUUGUUCACAGGUUAGUUGGCUCAUCUGGAAUCUGAUUCUUCAAAGUUAGGAUUAAACACUCUGGUUUAGGAAUCAGACAAUAAUUUGCAGCAGGGAUGGUCAGCCAUCAGAGGUUAUUGGAGCAGGACUUGGAGAAGUGUUAUAUUCAAGGUACGCUAGUUUAAACCAAGUUUGUUUAAACCAUAGUUUAAGCUUUGGUUUAAACUAACAGACUUUUUAAAAGAUCUUGUUUUGUUAAAUUGAUUAUGGAUAAAUAUUUUUGUAAACAUCCCUCUUACUGACGCAACAACUGUUUGAAUGUAAACAUUUUAACUUUAACCAUGCAUUGGCACUUGUUCAUUAUUACAGCAGUAGCCACUGUCAGUUGCUUCUUUUUAAUCACUUUAAUUUAAAGGGCAAGAAAUACUAUCCAGAAACAAACCCUUCAGUUAAACAACAACAACAAAAAAAACCUGGUUUAAACCAAACCCUUCCUCCUUUUGGGUGUUUUUUUUAAACCUGUACUUCCAAUUCCCAGAAUCCCGACAUAAUGGCUUCAGGAUUCUGGGAAAUUGAGUGCCAAAAAGUAAAGUUUCUAAUCUCUGGAAUUGAUGGAUUGCUGCCAGAAAAAGGGCUCCGUGGGAUAAAAGUCUACCUUCCACAGGAGAUCCUUCUGCCCCAAAGGACACACAUAUGGGAGAAGCUCCCCCCAUCAGAGUAGACAUUCCUGGAUCGGUUUUUCUGUUUUUGAUGUGUUUCCAAAUGCCCAAAUGUUUGUUUCAAGUACUGGUAGUCAUAAAAGCGAUAGUAUUUUGGCAGCUACUGGAAAGGGAAUGCUUGCAGCAACAAGGAAACACAUGAUUUUUGACCCGAAAAUUGGGCCUGUUUGUGCAUGCCUCAUUGUUUUGCUAUUAUCUGAGGUGGUUGACCCAUAUUGACAGUCUAACCAAUUGCAGUGGUGUUUGGUGGUGAAUUUACCCCAGGUUUUAAUCCAAACCAUCCAAAGUGCUGACUCUUAUCCCCAAAAUAAGAUCAGGAAUUGGACAGCCCAUUUAAAGUUCAGGAUGAAACCUGAAGCAACAUCACUGCCCUACUGAUAUGGAAACCACCAGAUGUUUGCCAUGGACCAGAUGUGACCUGUUAUUUAACAUAACCUCCAUACCCUGUUAAUCUUUAUAUCAAUAAAAAAGCACUUAUUAAGACCCUGCUAUAUCCUGGAUCAUAUUG